CAGCUAAUCUUUGCUCAAUGGGGCGGAGCGCUCCGUGGGGACUGGGUCACUGUCACUGGGGAGCCCAUCCGAAUUCUGCAGUUGGAUAAAACGGGGGCGGGGAAAGAAUCGGCGGGUUAAUCUUGCUAUUUAUCAAUAGACAAACCAGAAGCCCUUGAACCAAAGUGCUGAAUAUAGUUUCAGUGAAAUUUUAGGGUUUCGGUGAAUUGGUUUUUGAACGUCGAAGAUUAAGUGCCGAGGAAAGGGAUCAGUUGCAAAUGGAAAAUCUAGCUCUAGCUCCUCCAAAGUUUCUAUUGGGUUCUUCACCAAGCCUCACAGGCAUCUCAAGCAGGCGCCCCUUGUUUUUUUCCAAUUUACCUAAAAAGAGAAGAGAGGGCAUUGUGAGAACCAGAAACCUUAUCUCUUCUGUAAGCCAGGGAAAUGUUGAUGGAACAACAAGAAGAAUUCCCAGAGAUGUGCGGGAAAGGUUAGGGAUGGAGGUUUUUGCAAGUAUUUCUUCUUCAAGCAGAACAGAAGUGUCUUCAGUUGGUGUUAACCCACAGCUCUCAGCACCAUCCCCACCUUCUUCUAUAGGGUCACCUCUCUUUUGGAUUGGAGUUGGCGUUGGGCUCUCGGCACUUUUUUCAUGGGUGGCGACAAACUUAAAGAAAUAUGCCAUGCAGCAGGCUUUCAAGACUUUGAUGGGCCAGAUGUCCACAGAAAAUAAACAGUUUGGAAAUGCUGUUUUCUCUCCGGGAGCACCAGCCUUUUCUCCAGGAUCACCAUUCCCAUAUCCAAUGUCCACGGUAUCAGCUCCAUCUGCUGCACCUGCUCCUUCUGCUUCACAGCCUGUGGUUACUGUAGAUGUACCUGCUACUAAAGUAGAACCAACAUCAACCAAAGAAGUCAAAGAUGAAACUGAAAUAAAGGAGGAACCUAAGAAAUAUGCUUUUGUAGAUGUUUCUCCAGAUGAGGUGUCGAAGAAGUCUGCCUUUGAAAGUCCUAAAGAAUCAAUUGAGACAACUCCCUCCCAGGAAGUUAAAUAUGCUGGUGAAGAUUCACAAAAUGGAACUACUGCCAAGCAAGAUAAUGGAUCUCCUAGGGAGCAGUCCCAAUCUAAUCGAAAAUCUGGUUCUGUCUUAUCAGUUGAAGCUUUGGAGAAAAUGAUGGAAGACCCAACAGUACAAAAGAUGGUUUAUCCUUAUUUGCCUGAAGAGAUGAGAAACCCAGCUACUUUCAAAUGGAUGCUUCAAAAUCCACAAUACCGUCAGCAGUUGGAAGAUAUGCUAAACAAUAUGGGGGGAAGCAAUGAAUGGGACAAUAAAAUGAUGGAUUCGUUGAAAAAUUUUGAUCUUAGCAGUCCAGAAGUCAAACAGCAGUUUGAUCAAAUUGGGCUUACACCAGAAGAGGUCAUUUCAAAAAUUAUGGCCAAUCCUGAUGUUGCCAUGGCGUUUCAGAAUCCAAGAGUACAGGCUGCCAUCAUGGAUUGUUCACAGAACCCUCUGAGUAUUGCGAAAUAUCAAAAUGACAAAGAGGUCAUGGACGUUUUCAAUAAAAUCUCGCAACUAUUUCCCGGGGUGACGGGGUCACCUUGAUUUCCUAGACGCAGUUGCGGCCUUGGUUUCGCAGAUCUCAACAUCCUUAGUUUUGCAUAACCAUAUAGGGUGGUGGCUAUAUUUCACGCUCUCGUGUUUAAAGAUGCAUGCAAAUGUCUUACGAGCCUGGGGUUGUCAUUCGGUUAAUCUCUUCAUUACACCCUCCUGUGGCUGAAAUUAAAUUAUUCACUCGUGAGGUUGGAGACACUUUUGAUCACAAUAAGCACAUUGCUUGGGAAUUUGUGCAAAUGUAUUCAUUUUGUUCCCAUUAAGUAUUUGUUGGAAUACAUUUUUGAUAGGCUGUAAAAAUUCAGAUGUACGCAAGAGGGCUUUUCUUCUGUUUCCAAACUUGCACACUUUAUAUAGUUUUAGAAUUUUGGAUGCUUGAUGUUUUUAUGGUAUGAUACCGCAGACACUUUUAACAA